AUGGCCAACAUUGCAAGCCAAAGCGGUGAUGUCAGGCCUCUUUGUAGCGUGAGGUUUUCAGUUGAUGGUGCGCAUGUGGCCACCGGUUCAUGGAGUAGUCUCGUUAAGAUUUGGGAUACAAAGAGUGCUAAUGAGGUCAAAGUCUUUCGUGGACAUGCAGACCGUAUUACUGGAUUAGCAUGGCACCCGAGCAGCGUAUUUUCCGAGAUGACGGAUGGUGCAGAUUCUGUAUGUCUGUGCAGUGGGUCAGCCGACGGAACUGCUCGGCUUUGGAGUGCGGCUCGCAGCGAGCCCUUGGCUGUGCUGCAGGGUCACAAGGCACGACUGGGUAGGGUAGCUUUUCAUCCGCUGGGCAACUACGUUGGUACAACCAGUUUCGAUCACACAUGGCGGCUUUGGGACGUUACUACGGCAAAAGAGCUGCUUUUGCAGGAAGGUCACUACAAGGAGGUAUACGCCAUUGCGUUCCAGAUGGACGGGGCGCUUGCAGCAACAGGAGACUUGAACGGCAACGGACGUGUUUGGGACCUACGUUCCGGCAAGGCCAUCUUGCCACUGCAGGGACACUCGAAGCAGAUUUUAUCGAUGGACUUUGCUGCUAACGGCGUGCAAAUUGCAUCGGGUAGCGAUGAUCGAAGUGUUCGCAUUUGGGAUUUAAGACAGCAAAAGUGUUCGUACAUGAUUCCGGCCCACAGCAAUUUGGUGAGCGACGUUCGCUUCUCGCCUAGAUCCAGUGAGCUAUUGCUGAGUGCAUCGUACGACUCGUCUAUUAAGCUUUGGAGAACGCGUGACUGGAAACUCAUGACUAAGCUGCGUGGACAUGAUGGCAAGGUCAUGUCUGCCGACUUUGGUCCAGACGAGAAGCAUGUUGUGUCCUGUGGUUUCGAUCGUACCUUUAAGCUGUGGGCCCAUGAAAAUGAGUUCUAA